CGGAGAGGUGCUUCUCCGAGAUCUUUUCUUUUUGGAUUUGGGAUCUUUUUGCCGCUUUGUAGCCAUCUCUGACCUCCUCUUUUUGAAAAAGCACAAAACGGUAGCGGCCAUCCAUCCACCAACUAAACUCCACCCCAAUUUUUAUUAAUACCAUGGGUUCGAAUGACGACGACGAUGACAGCCCCUUGGGCUCUGGCCUGGGUACCAUUUUACGCUUUACGGGAAGCAAUGUACCGUCCCGUGCUCUGUACAUUGGAGAAGCUUUCGUUUCGGCAUCCCUCUUUAGUGUGACGAUCGGAUUGUGUUUUGGUUCCGUGGGAGCCGUGAUCUUUCCUAACACGUGUGGUCCCUUGGUGCCCUUCUUGACGGGAUCCUCGAUCGGGUACACAUUUGGACUGUACGAACAUUAUUCCAGUGUCAAGCGGAACAUGCUGGUUCAUGCCCGCCACUAUCCGACACUGUUGGCUCAUGCCAUGUGGUCCGAACACAAACGAGUCGUCCCCAAGUCGGUCAUGGAAGCGAGUCGACAACAAGAAGAAGAAGACAAUCCACAAGAAAGUAGCAACGUGACAACGUCACCACCCCUCUUGUACCAACCUGAGGUUGAAAAUGUUCCGUUGGAUCAGUGGGUCUUUCUGGGAGGGUUGGGACGACUCACCUGGUCCAUGUUGGCCUCUCAAAAUUGCAAGGCCAACGUGACCGCCAUUGAAGAACAAAAGCGACAACGAUUGGUGGAUUCUAUACUCCAAGAACACGAAGGAAAAAAUGAUGACAACAGCAAUGAUGAUUGAUGUUUUUACCUAUAGUAUGGCAUAAAGAAUUAUGAAAUAUCAGUAUGUAGCGUAUCCCAAAAAUACGGCUGUGAUCUCAUUUGGAGUCUUUAUCAUCCCUGAAAUAACAACGAGUCUGGCUGUAU